AUGACUUUACAUUCAUCGUUUGCACAGGCGGUGCGGGAAUGCGUCGCGAAGUUUCCGCUGAGACAUGACGUGCUCACUGCGCCGUUGGCGUACGGGACGGCCGGGUUUCGUACUUUGGGGGUUCUGUUGCCCCCUGUGGCGGCCCGUCUCACAUUUGUGGCGGUGCUGCGGGUCUGCUGGGCCGUUUCUAACCGCACGGCGCCUGCUGGCUGUUCUGUUGGCUGCAUGGUGACAGCCUCGCAUAACCCCGCCCCGGAAAAUGGCUUGAAGCUGAUCGACGUUGAUGGUGGCAUGUUGGCAAUCUCCUGGGAGAAGGUCUGCACAGCUGCCGCCAACGCCGCCACUGCGGAGGAGCUCAUUGAAGUUUUGGAGAAAUGGACAGUUAGCAGCAAUAUUCCUACACCUGCCUCCAUGGAUGAUCUCGUGCUUCGCUGCCCCUUUUCUGUGGUGCACAUUGCACGUGACACGCGUCCGUCUGGGAAGGACGUUCUCGCUGCUGUGCAGACAUCGCUACAGUUGUUACACGUGCCCUGCAGGGAUUAUGGCGUCAUAGCAACUCCGCAGCUGCAUUAUUUGGUGAUGCGGGCCAAUCGACCAUCAACAGUGGCGGAGGUUUCAAACAUUUCCGACUUUGGACCAGCACUCUACAUGCAGGAGCUACUCUCCUCGCUGGGGGCAUUGUUGCACGCCGUGGCACCGCCAACAGCGAAUAUGCAACGGCAACGGAGACGCCAGAAAGUUGUAUUGGAUGCGGCGAAUGGUGUAGGUGCCAUUGCCGUCAAAGGUUUGCUUGCAACGGCGCAGCAAAUGUACCCACAGAAUCCCUUGGAGGAGUUUUUUGACAUUGUCGUACUUCAUGACGACGUGGAAUACGCGGAAGCUCUUAAUCAUAUGUGCGGCGCCGACUUUACGCAGCGGAACCGUUUCCCAUCGGAGGAAAUGAAGAAGUGGGCUGCGGCGCAUGAGCGACGGCAGGGAAAGGAAGCUCCAGAGGAGCGGGAGGAGGUUCAUUAUUACUCGCUCGACGGUGAUGCGGAUCGUGUGGUCGCGUUCCUUCACGAUUGCAGUGGGGACAAGGCGUGGCAUUUGUUAGACGGCGAUCGUAUGGCCAUUCUUUACGCCAUGCUGCUGCAGAGGUGCCUUGGGCCGACGGCGCUUCAGCUCCUCGACGUGGGGGUGGUGCAGACGGCCUACGCCAACGGGGCUUCAACGGACUAUUUACAGCACAGUCUUGGACUCCGCGCGUACAGCACUCCCACGGGCGUGAAAAACCUACAUCCCAUUGCCCACGCACGUGACAUUGGUGUGUACUUUGAGGCAAACGGCCACGGCACGAUUUUGUUCAACACCGACGCAAUCGCAUCGAAGCUUUCGGCGCAGGCGGGACCGAAGGCGCGUGCCUUGUUGCAGCACCUUCCGGUGCUUCUUUCACAGGUCUGCGGUGAUGGCGUUGCCGACGCGUUGGCCUGCGAGGUGGCGCUGUUGGCGUUAGAGAUGGACUUUCAUGCCUGGUAUCGCAUCUACACGGAUCUACCCUCACGCCAAACCAAGGUUACAGUGCCCAAUCCAAAAGUAAUAACCAACACCCCCGAUGAACGGCGGGUACUGACCCCGCUGGGGCUGCAGGAGGCGAUAGAUGCAGCGGUGACUGCCACGGCUUCGGCGGCAAAAUCAGUGGCGAGAGCAUUUGUGCGACCGAGCGGCACGGAACCGCUGGUUCGUGUCUACGCUGAGACAAGCGAUGCUGAGCUGUGCAUGCGGCUUAGCGAGGAGGUGGAGAAUCUCGUAAGGCAGUAUUGUGGUGCCCCUGCGAAGGAUGCGUUGGUGCAAGCAAAAUGA